AUGGCUCAGUAUCUACCAGAUCCUUCACUGGUUGAGUAUUUUUCUAAAUUAUUUGUUUUGUAUUUGCAGAAAUCUGGACUUUCUUCGAUGAUUGCAUGCCUUAUGAAAGACAUAUUUGGCAAGCUUGAUUCUGUUUAUCUCUUGCUUGCCGUAACCUCUUCCAUCACGUUCAUGACGGAGUUUGCGAGCAAUGUGUCCACAGGAAGCGUUUUUAUUCCCAUCGUGCUAACUAUUGCCGAAUCUCUCCAUAUUCACCCGCUCUACCUGUCGCUGCCGGUUACCGUUGCCUGUUCGUUCGCCUUCAUGCUGCCGAUGGCUACUCCUCCAAAUGCUAUAGUUUACGACACUAAAUUGGUCGGAAUGCUAGAAAUGGUAAGUUAUAUGAAACGCCAACAUCUUUGGAAUGAUCUAGUUCAAAUUUGAGA